AUGGGUUACAAACCUGCUUUUAUAUACUUGUACGCUUUCUGUAUUUAUUGGUUUGGCGGAGUGUGCGCGAAUUCCCCUAAACUUUUGGCUGUAACGGUGGCAACUGAUGAAACUGAUGGUUUACGGAGACUACAGAGGUCUGCAGAAGCAUUUCAUAUUGACCUUCAUGUUUUUGGUCUGGGCGAAAAGUGGAUUGGUGGUGAUGUACGAAAUGGUCCAGGUGGAGGUCAAAAGAUAAGAAUUUUGCAAAAACACCUGAAGCAGUACAGAGAUCGUCAGGAUGUAGUCGUGCUUUUCGUGGAUGCUUUUGAUGUGAUUUUCAAUGGCUAUGGUGAAGAGAUUAUGUCCCGUUUUCUUAGCGACUUCAAAGAUUAUCGAGUUGUGUUUUCUGCGGAGUCAUUCUGCUGGCCAGAUCCCGAACUUAGUGAAGCAUAUCCACUUGUUCAGUUCGGCAAACGUUACUUGAACUCUGGCCUUUUUAUGGGUUACGCACCUGAAAUUUGGAAGUUAAUUAACCUCGUACCUGUUCAGGAUUCUGAUGACGAUCAGCUUUACUAUACUCGUAUUUACGUGGAUCGGGAAAGCAGAAGGUCUUUGGAAUUUACCCUAGAUUCGCUGUCCCGAAUCUUCCAAAACUUAAAUGGCGCUGCAAAAGAUCUUUCUCUCGAGUUUAAAGAAAAUGACUAUGCUGUGCUUCAUAACAUUCCUUAUUCCACUCAUCCGCUGAUUCUUCAUGGCAAUGGGCCAAGCAAAUCAUACCUUAAUUAUCUGGGGAAUUACUUGGGGAAAGCUUGGAUAGAGAAUGGAGUGUGUCAGAUGUGUAACCUCGAAGAGACAGAAGUUUUAGAAGAGUCAGAUAGGGAGAGUUGGCCGUUAUUAACCAUAGCUUUACUAAUUGCAAAACCCACUCCUUUUGUGCACGAGUUUUUGGAAUCGUUUACCGCUUUGUAUUACCCGACAUCCCGCAUUCAUCUUUUCAUCUACAAUAAUCAAAAGUAUAAUGAAAAUGAGGUUAAAAAGUUUGUCCAGAGUGUGUCGGAUAAAUACUUGUCUGUUGAUGUUGAGAAUUCUGAUACCGACUUUGGGGAACGGGAAGCCCGGACCCUCGCAAUCAAUUGUUUUGCACAAGUGCUACUGAAGCAUGCGUUUUGCAAAUCCCUGCGUUUGUUAUUGUACUCUCGCUUUUUUCAUAAUUUCAGAGGCAUUCUUGCUCCAUUGGUAGUUCAACCUGGUAAACUGUUUUCCAACUUUUGGGGAGCAGUCGCCAAAGACGGAUAUUAUGCUCGUUCAGUCGAUUAUAUGGAAAUUGUAACAAACAAAAAGAAAGGGGUGUGGAAUGUCCCUUUUGUCAGCAGCGCUCUACUUAUAAAUUCUAAGAAGUUUGUUUCGAUGGGGAAGUCAUUCGUUUAUAACACGAAUCAUGAUCCUGACAUGAGUUUUUGUGAAUAUGCUCGAGAUUUCGGUCAUUUUAUGUACUUAGAUAACCAGCGACAUUACGGCUUUUUGGUUGUUAGUGAAAACUUUGAUUUAACGAAACUGCAUCCCGAAAUGUAUCAAGUUUUUGACAAUCCUGAACUCUGGGAAUCUCGUUAUCUUCACGAGAGUUAUCAUUUGGCGUUAAAUGAUAACAGCGAUGUGAUUACUCAGCCAUGUCCAGAUGUUUACAGUUUUCCGUUUAUGUCAAAAGAUUUUUGCGAAGAAUUAAUUGGAGAAGUGGAGUUCUUUGGUCAAUGGUCUGAUGGCUCCAAUUAUGAUAAACGAUUAGCCGGAGGUUAUGAGAAUGUACCAACUCGUGACAUUCAUAUGAAACAGAUCGAUUUUGAAAGACAGUGGCUUUACAUUUUGGACACGUAUAUUAGACCCAUCCAGGAGAAGAUCUAUAUUGGUUAUUACCAUAAACCUGUUGAAGCCUACAUGAUGUUCGUUGUACGAUAUAAACCAGAUGAACAACCUUCACUUCGCCCUCAUCAUGAUGCAUCGACAUACAGCGUGGACAUAGCUCUUAACAAGCAAGGUGUUGACUAUGUUGGAGGUGGAGUUAGGUUUAAUCGUUAUAAUUGCAGCGUAAACGCGAGUGAAGUCGGUCACUCUCUUAUAUUCCCUGGACGUUUAACGCAUCUUCAUGAGGGUUUGCCAACCGUAAGUGGAACUCGGUACAUUGCUGUUUCGUUUAUUAAUCCUUGA